CUCUAUGCUCGUUUCUUUUCAGGCGCACGCAUUAUCGGCUCUGGUACGAAGCCAAAGAAGUGGUGAAACGAUUCCGCCAUCACUUCCCUCCGUCUCACCCGUAUAAUUCGCGUACACACUAUUUUUUACUAUGUUUGUUUGAUUAUUUUCGCUUUCAUUAGCGGUUGUCGCGUGGCCACAGCUCGAACGGUCCGCGCCGUUGAAGAAGGAGCGUGCUGAGAGCAGCCGUUCUACGAAACGCUGUCGAACUUCGCCGUCCGCCGCGAAGACGGCACCACGUGGGACGCGGCCUCCGGUUAAGACGGGAUCAGCCACCGCAGUGUCCUUGUCACUUAUUUUUGUGCGUGAUCGCGAUGGUGUCCGGCAAUUUACUUCCUACGAAAGCGUCCUACCGGCCUUCCGACAUCUGUACGACCGACGAUUCCUUGGCUGGAACUUUCCACGGCAUUGAAACAACGAGCUACACCAAUGGUUCCGCAAACAGCUGCGCAGCAGUAGCACAAACAUGCAGCGAUCGAAAGAACGGACUGCGCAAUUUCGAAAGCAUCGACAUAAGCUGGAAAAACCUCAGCUACACGGUGAAUUCUGGAAAGCAGUUAAAACCGCUCGUGGACAACUUAAGUGGCGAGGCUUUUCCAGGGACGCUUACGGCCAUCAUGGGUCCUUCCGGUGCUGGCAAGACGACGCUGCUAAACCUUCUCACUGGGUUUUACGACAAGAGCUACAAAGGUGAAGUCCAAAUCAACGGGUACGUGCGCGACCAGGCGCUGUUCAACAAGCAGAGUUGCUACGUCAUGCAGGAGGAUCGCCUUCUACCUGCUCUGACCGUUUACGAGGCCAUUUCCAUGAGUGUCGAACUGCGCAUGCCUACGUGGUCGAAAAUUGCCAAAGAGCGGAUGGUGGAACGUUCAAUCGCAGAGUGGGGAUUAGGCGAAUGCCGCGACACUCGAACAGAAAACCUAUCGGGCGGCCAACGGAAGCGGUUGGCUAUUGCCCAAGAGUUGGUCAACAACCCUCCUGUGCUGUUCCUCGAUGAGCCUACCAGUGGAUUGGACAACGUGUCAAGCCUCAUGUGUGUGCAAGUCCUUAAGAAGAUGGCCUCUACUGGGCACACUGUCAUCUGUUCUAUACACGCUCCUAGCGCCAAGAUAUUCUCCUACUUUGACAGGCUGUACAUGGUGUCCCGUGGCCGCUGCAUCUACAAUGGCCGGGUUGACCAGCUGCUUCCUUUCCUAGCACAACGUGGCUUACACUGCCCCGAGUAUCACAACCCCGCCGAUUACAUCUGUGAGCUAGCUUCGGAAGAGCACAGCGACCACUGCGAUAGACUAAGCGCCGAGUUCCGGAUUCCAGUGCGUUCCGCCGAGCAAGGCGUCGAUUACAGCAGCACGACUAUUUAUGGCGGAAAAGUCAUGACGGAGCAGGAAAGAGCAGAGCGGUACCGGAUGUACUCGUUUAAAGUCAACCAGCUCCGGCAGUUCCGGAUAUUGUUCAAGAGAUGCUGGUUAUCCAUUAUCCGAAAUAAGGUGGCGACCAUGCUGCGUUUGCUGGCGUACGCGGCGUUUGCGCUGAUGACCAUCGUCCUUUUCUACGACAUCGGCAGCAGCGCCACCACGGUAGUGCACAGCGUGAAGCUCUACUUCGUCGUGGUCUGCAUUUGCGUCGUCCAGACUGUAUUCCCUUCGACAGUUGUAUUUCCAGUGGAGGUGUCCGUGUUAGUCAGGGAGCAGCGCAAUUGUUGGUAUGGUCUCAAGAUAUACUACCUGGCAUACUACUUCGCAGAACUGCCGUUUCUCGUGGUUCCCAUAUCGUUGUUUAUGGGUGCUAUUUAUUACCCGACGGCGCAACCCCUGGAAUUCUGGCGCUUUGCCGCCAUGCUGCUGUUCUCCAUCCAGCUGUCUGGUGUUUCACAAGCCAUUGCGCUCGCCGUGUCAGCGCUCUGCACCGUGCAGUCAGCGGCAGCAGUGGCGUUUCCCAUCGUGUCUCCGGCGUUCAUGUUCUGUGGUGCUUUCGCGCCUCGCCAGAUGCUGAAGCCGUACGUGAGCUGGCUAACAGAGGUGUCAUUUGUCAACCACGCGUACAACGGUCUCCUGGUCUCGGCCUACGGCUAUGGUCGUGCCAAGCUUCCGUGUGACGACUUCAUAUGCGUGUACGAUGACCCUGCCGAGCUGCUCAAGAUCACCGGGACGGGAGGAGACAGGACAAUCCACGAGUUCUGGCUCAUUCUCGUUGCGAUGGAGGCUGCCAUUCGCAUCCUCGGAUUCUUUCUACUCAGGUUCAGGCUCUCAAGAAAAACAUGACCGUGCGCCCUGUUAGCGAGCAAUUCUCGCCAAAUUUGGAUAAACUGUGAGUGCGUGCGGUUCUUUCACGGUUGACGAGAGCAAGCGCGAGUGGCCUGCUCUCACUGUCAGAGCAAUGGAGAAUGCCGCUAGUCCGAAAUACCCUAGUCAACACAGGUGACCAGCUGCAGCCCUACCGACUGGGUGCACGCUCUCGGCGGCGUGCUAUUCGCGGAGUGAUGAAGGGGACAUUAGAUGAAAGCGACGUCAACGUAAUGCAUCUUGUUGUCAUCUGUACAGCCUUCCAUACCAAUGCCCCUUUACUUCUGCCUAUAUGUUCUCUUCUGACCACUUCGUAUUACUCGUUAAAACAGCGCGCUAGCAAGGACAGGCUAUCGGACAAUGUUUACUCUCUACCUUGCUUCGAAGCCAUAAAUGAUGCCUCAAGCGAACCAGAACAUGUGUGGCUUGUGUUUAAAGAAAUCGGCUCAACGGUUGGCCCAAGCAACGCGUUUCCAGGUUUUAUAUGCAUAUGAAGAGUAAAAUUGGAAUAUGUGCUCAAGUAAGAUCAUUUAGGCAUGGACCUUAUAUUUCAGCACAUUUUAUAGGCCUGCAUAUUCUCUGCUCUCCUGUUUAAUGGGAUGGUAAUCUUUCAAAGAAAAACCGAAGAGGCAGAGCUGCAUAAAUAGAUGGCAGGAAAAUGUCUAGAACCAAGGCCAUGGUUAACGUCGGCCCACAACUUGAAGUCUGGCGAGCUUGAUGUCAUCAGCGGCAGUAGUAGCAUGGUAUCACAGAUGGCAGAACACAAGAACAAAGAAGGAACAAUGCAGGGUGCCUAUUUUCAGAUGACAGGUUUGUGUUAGUGUUAUGACUGUUUGUAUCAUAUUUACUACACAUCACCGGGAGCACCAUGUCAGGCGAUCAGCCAGGCUAACAUCUCUUGCUUCAUUGAACUCAGCAUGGUUGCGAUAACAUAAAGCUAUUGCAUUCUGAGGUUGUUCCAUUCUCCAGAUGUCAAAUUUAUGCGAUCAUCUACGUGAGCGUGGGCGGGUACCCUCAACGUUUCUUGAACAGCCCAAUCAAAAGCUCCCCUCGUUUAAGGAAGGUCCCUUUUGUUUGUUCUUAAAGCAAAUAGCAUUGCCUACCAUGACAGUUUUUUGUUUUGUUAUGUAACCGAGAGACUAGAGGCGAGGAAGGCGCAGAGGAGGGAAGGGCGAGCGGAGUUAAAGCAUGUCACCGGCGGGUACUGGUUCAGCCAGCGUCUCCGAUUGGCCCUCUUUCCUUUGUUCAGCCUACGGUGGCUCCUCAUCAAUCACGGCGGUGUGCAACAGGGCGCUAAAAAUGGCGCCAAAAUGGAUCCUCAGCGAAAGAGAGUUGGCAGAGCGACGUUCUCUACGCACCAUCAAGGCUCAACAACGUUAUGCUGCCAAGAGGAGUGCGCAACUGCAGCAACGACUGGACCAUAUGAGGGAGCUCAGUGCUCAGCGCCACGAAACGAAGCGUCAGAAGUUAUUUUCGACUGCUACUGCUAACAAGUACCUCGUGAAGUACUUCGUUAUUGACGUGUGGCAUGAGCUAUGGUUACAGUCGGACAAUCACUGUCGAUAACCUAGAAAGAAAUAAAUUGACAUCAUUCGCUUCACCAAAA